AUGGUGAUGGACCCCCUCUCGCCCGCCGGCCACAAGGCGCGCCUCAUAGUGGUCCCAAAGAAGCGCCUGCCCUCCCAGAGCGACAGGGACAAGGGCCACGAGCGCUUCUACGGCUUCGUCGAGGCCACCGCGCCCCGCGAGGCCGGCGGGGAGGAGGGGCGCGGCGGGCAGGGCGGCGAGGAAGAGGGGCAGGGGGAGGGGCAGGGGGAGGGGGGCCUUUUGGGCGCCAAGGCUCUGGUGGCGCGGCUGGGGGGCAAGGAGUACGAGACCAAAACGCAGGGCACGCGCCACCAAGGGGCGGCGAGGGUGCUGGCAGAGGCGGCCUACGUGAUCGGCAAGGGUGGCCAGCGCGGCUCCACCCACCUGGCCUAUAAGCUGGAGGUCCCGAACGAGCCAGGCCCGGCGCAGCAACUGUUUCGCGUGGAGCGUGAGGGCGAGCUGCUCGUGUCAAUCAAGAACCCGGAGAAUCGGCCGCCGGGAGCUCCGACGGCAGGUCCUGCACCCGCCAAGUAUGACGAGCAGCAGUCCAAAAGGCUCAAGGGCUACGCAUGGGUGGGCGUAGAGGACAGCAGCAUGCUGGACGUCAACGGGGCAGAGCUGCUGCUCAUCGGCGCAGCGCGCAACGACCCAAUUGGCCACCUGGGGGAGGCAGGGGCGGAGCUGAUGGAGGUGUAUUACAGCGACACGGCGGAGGAGUCUGUGGACGUGGACAAGGUGCGCUCUGAGAUUGAGCCUGGGGCGGCACAGAAGGCAGAUGCGCUGCCUGUUGAGCCUGCUGCAACGGGCCAACUGGUGUGA